UCGAGGCAUCAACACCACGUCGACAACCAUCCAGUCAUCGCAGCAAGAUGACCAACCUCCGCACCCAGAAGCGCCUCGCGGCGUCCGUCGUCGGCUGUGGCAAACGCAAGAUCUGGCUCGACCCCAACGAAGUCAGCGAAAUCGCCAAUGCCAAUUCUCGUCAGACAAUCCGAAAGCUGGUCAGCGAUGGCCUCAUCAUCCGCAAGCCUGUCGCCAUGCACUCCAGAGCCCGUGCCCGAGAACUGAACGCUGCACGAAGAAUCGGUAGACACAGAGGUUUCGGUAAGAGAAAGGGUACAAAGGACGCCAGAAUGCCAAGCCAAGUUCUGUGGAUGAGACGUCUCCGUGUCCUCCGACGCCUUUUGGCCAAAUACCGAGCGGCUGGCAAAAUCGACAAGCACCUCUACCACGAGCUGUACCACUUGAGUAAGGGUAACACCUUCAAGCACAAGCGUGCAUUGGUCGAACAUAUCCACAAGGCCAAGGCCGAGAAGCAACGUGAGAGAAUCCUCAAGGAAGAAAUGGAUGCCAAGCGUGCGAAGACCAAGGCUGCUCGCGAGAGACGACAAGAGAGAAUCCAAACCAAGAGAAAUGCUCUUGCUGGUGAGCAGGAGGCUGAGGAAGAGAAGUGAACGACAUGGAGAUCGGGGUUUGAGUUUGACUUGUGACACGAACUCAUUUGAUCAAGUGUAUCCAGGGACGAUCUCGACGGCAUGUCUUGCCACCAGGGUCGGCGAGCUUGGAGUCAGUCCGUUGCAGUCAGUGGGAAGUCAGAGCAUGACCAAAUGGUCGCCAUAGAUACCAGCACUUCCUAUUACAAUGUUGGUUGUGGUUUCACUGGGGCGCAAUGAAUCGAAAAAAUGAAAGACCAAUGCCAAUGAACAACGAUUAUUGAUUCUCUUCCUCGAUGGUGCAAUUGGUGUCGAUGAAUAUAGCUGCCUUAAUAGAAUAGGAGCUUGAAUCGUAG